AGUGACGUGACAGUGUAAACACAGACAAGACAGGCUGGCUUUGUAAACCCAAGCGGAGCUUGUUCUUGUGGAGUGGUGUUUGAUUUGCGACGAAUGCCGGAUAUACAUAUAGCCUGACACGCAUAUCGCACCGAAAGCACAUUUGGUUGCAUCCCCUCCAAAGGAAGUAGACUGCAGCCAUGGCCGAAGGAGGAUUUGACCCAUGUGAAUGCAUCUGCUCUCAUGAACAUGCUAUGAGAAGACUCAUUAACUUGCUGAGACAGUCCCAAUCGUACUGCACUGACACAGAAUGUCUUCAAGAGUUGCCAGGACCGAACCCCUCCAAUGAUGGUGACUUUACCAUGCCGAUGAUUAUGAUGGCAUGGAUGGUUAUUGCCCUGGUUCUGUUUCUUCUGAGACCAGCCCGCAUGAGGGGACCCAGUACAGAAGGGAAGCCAUCGAGCCCACGUAAUAAUCAUGGACAUGAGCCCCCAGCGCCCCCCGUGGAUUAACCCAAACCAUGGCCUGGCGUGCAGCAGCCAAGGGCUCAUAUGAUGACCAAAUUCAUUAUUGUGGCCUAGAUAACCCUUUGAGAUAUUUACUUGUCUCUGUUAAGUAAAUAUUUUCCUAUACUGUUUCUUGUUACAAAUGGCUUCUUUAUCAAAACAUUUUUUUUUAUAUCUACACACUCUGAACAGGUGAUUACAAGUGAGAGAGGUAUUUCAUGUGAUUGGUUCAACAUUCCAGAUAAAAUGUUUAUUUAGAAUACUUUAACCCAAUUGUUUAAUUUGCAUACUAUAUGUAUAUGUUAAUAUAACACAAAACAACUGUAUCAUAAAAAAAUAAACAUUUAAAUAAUUUACAAAACAUAGCUUUUGUGAAAAACUAGACUUCCUGUCAUUAUAUGUACUUGUUUCUAUAGAGAAACGGAAUUUGUGCAGUGUAGGGUUUGUGUAAACUUUGAGAGGUCAUUAGUCGGUUAAUUAUACCCAACAUUCAAUGUCUUUACUCCAAAUUGCAAUUUGUACCAUUUUUGUAAAAGAAAAAAACAUACUAUUAAUGUUAUAAAACUAGUAGCAAGCAAUAGUAAUGCAAAUAUGAGCCUUGGUUGCUUUUUACUAUUUUCUCAACAUUUAACAAUUUGAUUUUACUUUUUGAAAUAAAUGGUGCAAAAUAGUCUUUGGGAAAAAUACGUUUUUUUCUGGUACAAAACUGAAAUAUGUUUGAUUCAAAGUGUAAAUUUCGCAUUGCCCCACUUGGUUUUGAAACAAACAAAAAAACUGUUACUUAAAAGCAACUGCAUCUUUUAAUGACUAUAAAAUUGUAAAGUAAAUGUGGUCAAAUGCCUGAUAAAGCACGAUGUUUAUAUGUGCCUGUAUCAUGUGUAUUUAUUUUUCUGUACAAGACAACAGUUUAAAUCAUUCUCAUUAAUAUCAUUCUAGAAAUCUUGUCAGUACUGAAAGAGUUGCUGUCAAUUCAGGAAUUUGUUACAAAAUUGGAUUCUUAAUUGAUUUUUUUUCUUUCAUGUCCCUUGCGGGCUCUGUAGAUUCUAAAUAUAUAUUUCAGUUCAGUUUUAUUGAUGAAGAUGUCCUUUUGUUUUAUACUGGUCAGCUUGUUUACUGGUAUGAAAGUGACCUCCUACUUGUAUAAACAUGUUACCCUUCACAAAUGCCAAACCUUAUAGGACUGUAUUGAGCUCAAUGUUUUGCUUUGCACAAUUAGACGAGCAUUCUUCAGAUACUCAAGCCUAAUGUUUAAGAUUCAAAAAACAUAGUUUGUAAAGUCUUUUUGUGUGCGGGGUCCAUCACAGGUGUUUAGGGUAAGCCCAUGACUUUCCUUGUAAACCACCUUUCUGUUCAGUCUGACAUCACUCACACACCCUAAAUAAAACUGAGCUGUAGCUUUAUGCACUGUAAUGGAAUGCAUGCGUUGGUCUUCAUGUCUGAUGGAAGUGUAAACAGAAGGGAUGUAGUUUCAAGUUACUGGAUACAUGGUGCUUGAUGAUACGUUUUCUGAUUUUAACCUAGACAAAAAUGCUUUGUUUAUGCUGCUGCAUUAAAACUGCAGGUCUCCAGCCUGCCAGAAUGUUGUUAUGCCUGCUGGUGACUUUAAUACUGUUUGAAAAGCAGGGAAUGAAUUCUUCAUCUACAGUUUUAGGUGGACACAAGUACCUCUUAAUUAGCAGUAUGUACAAAUUCUGACAGUUUGUUCUCUUUGUUCUUCCGCUUGAUAGAGAUGGGUGUCUGGUGAAAUGCUGUAUGCCAAACUUAAUGUGUGUUAUAAGGAGUGCCGUUUAGGGCUUCAUCUGUACAGUAAAGGGAUUAUACUAUGCACUUUCUUAUUAACUAUAAAAUAAAUACAAGAGUGAAAAAACA